UGGAAAGAGAAGGCAUGAGAUCGAUCAUGGGAAGGGCUCAAAGAGGCGUUGAUGAUUCGAUUUGAAAGUCGCAACAGAGGUGGAAUCUUUGAGAGGAUGGCAAUGAUCAGGAAGACGGACACGGUGGAGGAAUACGUGCGAGCGAUUGAGGUGUUGGUCUGGCAGACUAGAGCAUUUUCAGACGACCAACUAUUGGGGUACUUUCUAGCGGGCCUAAAAGAAAAGAUACGGUGCCUAAUUAGGCCCCACGACCCUUAAGAUUUGAUGACGGCGAUAAGGCUUUCCCGGGAUGUGGAAGACGUGCAACGUGUAUUGGGCUCAAUUGGGUGGAUGACUACCAAGAAUGCGCAAUCUUGGGGGCGAACGUCGGGAGGGGGCACUGUCGUUACAAGGACCAAACCGAUCAGAAGAAAUACGGGGAAGAAUGGUGCGACGGAGAGUGUGGGCUCAGUAAGAAAAGAUGGUACAAGAGGGAGUAACACGGCGAGGGGAGGAAAUCCUAGAGGCAGUGAUAACAGGGGAAGAAGUUCAAGAAAUCUUCCUUACCCUGAAUUCCUGAAACGGAGGAGGAAGGGAGGUGUUUCCGCUCCGGUGGGCCUUUCAGCCCUGGGCACUAUUGCCUUGAGAAGAGUUUGUGCGUAGUGCUGUUGGCAAAGGAUGAAGAGGAGGACCCCGAUGCGGAAGGAGAAGAAGCGGAGCAAAAACCGAUGGAGUUAUCGGUAUUUUCGGCUAGUGGCCUUACCCCCGGAUCGUCUUGGCCGGGCAACCACCAUGGUGCAAAGAUCACGGUGAACGGACCAUCCACGCGCCUCCACACAUCGCCGCAACAGUCACCAGAUCCGCCACUUCCUGCCGAGCGUGCCGGCGCGUCGCCGGCGAGAUCCGCCGCUGACUAGGACCGCCGUGAUUGUCUCGUCGCCCUCUUUCUGGAUCUGUUGUUGUCGUUGCGUCAAUUGGAGCACUUUGGAUUUUUAGGGUUUCUCCCUCUCCAUGGCUGCCCAACGUGAUGAUCAAAGUCGGUCUCACAAGCCAGGUAAAGGACAUCCAAAAUGUGACCACUGUAACAAGCUAGGCCACAAAAUUGAUAGAUAUUACACGCUUCAUGGACCUCCUCCUCGACCUAUAGCAAUGGCUAAUUCUGAUCCACCACCCCCAUCACUGUCUGCAGACCAUCCUACUUCAUCAAAUACUAUAGACAAUCCUGCAAUCUUUCAGGAAUUUCUCAGAUGGUAUGAGGACCGUUAACACUCUAGUUUCACUACAUCUGCUUCUGUUACACGCAUAAGUACUCCUUUUGUUGGUCUGACUCACUNUCUUGGAUCUUGGGUCCUUGACUCAGGUGCCACCGAUCAUAUCACUGGUAACAAGUCCUUGUUUUCUUCCUUGUCAUGUCUAGAUAAUUUACUCUAAGUAACAAUGGCUGAUGGGUCUAGAGUCUCAUCUCAUGGUAUUGGUAUUGUUCAUAUUUUUCCAUCCAUAUCCAUUGAUCAUGUACUUUAUGUCCCUGGGUCUCCUUUUAACUUAUUGUCUGAUGGUAGACAAUGGUGCUUAUGACUUACCUGAUGGAAAUCAAUCUGAGAAUAGAAAAGCUAAGAAAAGGAAGAAAAUGAGUAAAAGUCAAGGCAAUGGGGAAGUUGUAAAUUCUAAUAUUACUGUAUGUGUUGAGCGAAGUGGUGAGACUGAGAUGAUGGAGGAGGACAGAAGUAAGGGGGAAGAUGCAAAACCUUCCAAUGUUAGAACAUUGAAAAAUGGACUAGUUAUUCAGGAACAAGAGAAGGGGAAAAAAGAUGGCAAAAUCGCAGCUUCAGGAAAAAAGAUUAGCAUCUAUUACACUGGCAAGUUGAAGGAAAAUGGAGCUGUCUUUGAGUCAAACGCUGGCCAAACUCCUUUCAAAUUUCGCCUUGGUAAAGGAGAGGUUAUCGAGGGUUGGGAUGUUGGCCUUGAAGGCAUGCAAGUUGGAGAAAAGAGAAGACUUGUCAUUCCACCAACAUUAACGUCUGAGAGUGAUGGACACUCUGACAAAAUACCACCAAAUUCAUGGUUGGUUUAUGACAUUGAACUAGUUAAAGUUCAUUGAGUAUUUCAGCCUACUCAUUGUUCCAAAGAAAAAAAAAAAUACGGAGUGAGGAGGCAAUUCAGGGACAGGCAAAAGAUUGNAUNGUUUUUGGUUGGUUCAACAUGGAUCUGUGGUGAUUGAAUAGUUUUUGGUGUAGAUGAUAGUGGGUAGACACGCGCCACCGAAUCCUAAGUUUUGGUUCUUUCAGAUAUCGUGUUAACUUUAGAAGAUACUCAGUGUUAUAGUGGUGAAAAUUUUCGCAUAAAUAUCAGCAUAAGAAAUACUCAAAUACAUAUAGUGCCGAACUAAACAGCGUUAUUAAUAGCACAUUGUCUUGGUUAAUUAUUUUGUUCGACCUAAAA